GUAAUGCACUGGGGAUGUAGGCUAACAAGUGCCAGCAAGGAGCUAACGUUAGCUUGUAAUGAAAAGGAUGUCAUUUGGAACGGGAGAACUAGAGCUUAUUUUAGUAACACGUGGGAACGAUCCCGUUAUUUACAUGGGCAAAUAUUUACCUCUUCUUUUGUAAGUUAUUUUGUCGUUGGCCGAGUAUGUUAGGGAAAUAAUGAAUACUAUUGUUCUCUCUGGUUGCUUUCUUGAUGACUGAUGUUUUGAUAUAUUGUGUGGUGCGGCUUUGAUACAGUGUGUUAUGGCUUUACGAAUGUCAGCCUACGUGUCCAGUCCAGUCAUCUAGCAUGCCACCAACCCGUACGACAUGUUUACAUGAAACUGAACACUUCAAAAAAUACUUUUUGAAAACAAAUAUGUUUAUGUGACAAGGAAGAAAUAAUGGUGUCUAAUAAUGGUAUUAUGAAUGUCUGCGCAUAUGCAUUAGAAAGCUCAGUUCUGGAUGGCCUUUCACUUUUUUUGUGGUUCUGACCUAAUAAUGAGACGAUGCGUUGUGCAGGACUACGUAGUCUAGAAUACAGUCAACAGAUGUGCUUAAGCAUAGUUCUUCUAUGGCAGUGCAUGCAACUGCAUGUAGGCAAUUGUAACGCAACCUUGAACUUUGAAUCUGAGCAUAGAGGAGCUGCGUGCUACCUUGCAGGCCAAACCCUGCGGAUUAAACUGCGUGGUUUUCUUAAUGCGCUUGAAUGGCUUUGUGUAAAACAAUUUAGACUUGCCAACUUUUGCGGCUGUAACCCAGCUUUUUUAAAAAAAACCUGAUUCUAUGAAUAGUAUGGUUGUGCAAUGUGUGUACAUGUUUCUGGUCAGUCAAGGUGUGAAUGAAUUACACUGUUGUUAGACAAACAUGAACGUCGGCGUGGCCCACAGCGAAGUAAACCCCAACACUCGAGUUAUGAACAGCCGGGGCAUUUGGUUAACAUACGCUCUAGGUGUCGGAAUGCUUCACAUUGUCCUGCUAAGCAUUCCUUUCUUCAGUGUACCCGUGGUGUGGACUCUCACAAACGUUAUACACAAUUUUGGAAUGUAUGUGUUUAUGCAUGCGGUGAAGGGAACCCCAUUCGAGACCCCUGACCAGGGCAAGGCACGGCUCUUAACACAUUGGGAACAGCUGGACUACGGCGUGCAGUUCACAUCUUCCAGGAAAUUCUUUACCAUCUCGCCUAUCAUCUUGUACUUCCUUGCCAGCUUCUACACAAAAUAUGACCCGACGCACUUCAUCGUAAACACAGCCUCACUCCUGAGUGUGCUGAUCCCAAAGCUGCCUCAGCUACAUGGCGUUCGAAUCUUUGGCAUCAACAAGUAUUAAAUAAAACAAACAUGGAAGACUUGGAGGGAGUCAAGUCAGCCGUUCUGACUUGGAUCAUCAAGCCACGCAGGCUUGUCGCUUCAUAAUAACUGUGGGGAGGUGAAUAGGUAAAACCUUUGUACUGCAGUAGCGUAAACAUAGCAAGUUUUUGUACUGUCUAUUGUAAUUGUCCCCUUUCAUUACUUGGACACAUCGGGAGAACCUACCUAACAGGGAUACUAUGGACAGAGGAGAGAAUGCCACGAGCAUUACUAACUUAAGUUUGGAAAAAAAGUGUUUUCGUCCUCCAUGGAUCUGGGCUGGCCCAGGUUUCAGAGUUGGACUGGUGACUGUUUUUUGUUAUUGUUAGUUUUAUUUCUGUUUGUUUAUGUCUUGUUUUAUUUUUGUCUGUGUUAUUGAUUAUGACUUCAUAGAUUAUGACUUCAUAAGACUUCAGAGUUAAAAAGGUGUGGAGAUAUAUUUGUUUCAAUGUAACAUUUCUAGAGGUGUUCUUCCGCUAAGCCACGAGAAACUAUUGAAGCUACCUUUUUAUUAAGCAGUUGUUUUGUUUCACAAGGACAGGAACCUGUGGUUCAUAACGAAGUGUGACUCUCCACUGUGGGAGGGCUUUAAUACUCCUCUACCGUGGGACGUCUGUGAUUUUUUUUUUUUGCAUGAUAUCCUUGUUAAAAUGAAUCAUUUUGUUUGUCUGUGUUCAAUCAAAUGAGCAGCAAGUAAAUAGAUUUUUUUUUUCUGUUUUGUACGUUUCAUGUAUUGAUUCUUAAUCACAGAUGAUUAACAAGGAUGAAGUGUUUACUUAAAAAGGUCUAAGGUAUGUUUAUGUGCUUAUAUUCAUUUAAGAGGACUUAAUGAAUUUUACUAUGGAUGUUGGUUACCAAGGCAGCUAGUCAUUCUUGGCCUCUAUGCAUCCAUGGUAUUCUUUUGGGGCUCAGAACGCCCCUUGUAUGUAACAAAAUUUUAAAAAUCUGCCCUCAUUUGGGGACCCGGUUUUGUCUUACUCAAUCUAAUUGUUUGGACAACAGUAAGAGUCUGUGUUGAGACGAAGAAAUGGCCCUCACAAACUUGCAUUAUUUUACCAUGUGACGAGUCACGUUAACAACUGUGUUUUUAAAUGUUUGGACAUAUUGUAUAGCAGUUCAAAUAAAUGAAUACAAAAUUGCAUAAUUUA